CCUUCGGCCUUUCUUUACCCCUUUAGCGGUGAAGGUGUAACAGUUAUCGGUCGUCCCCGAACCGGGUUCAUCCGACACCCUCACCAAUCAAGCUGAACUGAGCUCAACCUCCACAGCAGCAACAUGCCUCCCAAAUUCGACCCCAACGAGAUUAAAAUCGUGUACAUGAGGUGCACAGGAGGGGAAGUUGGUGCCACCUCAGCUCUGGCUCCCAAAAUCGGACCUCUGGGUCUGUCUCCCAAGAAAGUUGGUGACGACAUUGCCAAGGCCACCGGUGACUGGAAGGGCCUGAGGAUCACCGUGAAGCUGACCAUCCAGAACAGGCAGGCAGCGAUUGAGGUGGUUCCAUCUGCAUCGGCUCUGAUCAUCAAGGCUCUGAAGGAGCCUCCCCGCGACAGGAAGAAGGUCAAGAACAUUAAACACAGCGGCAGCGUGACCUUCGACGAGAUCGUCGGCGUUGCUCGUGUCAUGAGGCCUCGCUCCCUCGCCAGAGAUCUUUCCGGAACCAUCAAGGAGAUCCUGGGAACCGCUCAGUCUGUCGGAUGCACCGUCGAUGGCCGCCAUCCCCACGACGUCAUCGACGACAUCAACAGCGGCAAAGUUGAGUGUCCGUCUGAGUAAACAGGAAGUGGUUUUUCAAUAAAAAUGUUAAACUAAGAAA